UUGGAGUUUCAGCUGUCAGCACCAGGAUGUUCGUUCAAUUCAACACCCUCCAAAGACAAGUGGUAGAUUUCCUUUGACAACAAUAACGAGGCCGCGGGAGCUGACGUUUAACAUCCUGUUGAUGGAUAAAAGUCUGUGGCAGAUGAGAGAUUCCUGUUUCACGAGUUUUUGCAUCAUUUAAAAUAGUUUACACCUUCAGUUCUGAGUGUCGGUGUUUCUCAAAGUGCUGUUUUGUUGCUGUGGUGCAUGUUAGGGUUGCAUUGAGUUUGCUGUGGUUGCAUUCAAACCAUGAUUUUGAUUUUCUUAUUUAAAAUAUAUCUGUGUUCAUCUCCAUCUGUAGCAUUUGGCUGGUUUUAUCGAUAUGAGGGGAAACUGCCAUCAUUACGGAAGGUAUUUACAGCGGUUUGUGUGCUGUGAGGUGCUCUCAAAAGUUAAUCUUUUUGGAGGGAAAAAUACAAGGUGGUGUUUGCAUAAUGUACAGUUUUUCUUUAAUUCUUACGUUGCUGUUCCUGGAUUUUGCAUGUGUUGUUUUGAGCCGGUUUGAUUGGCAGUUUGUUCGUCUUUUUUUUACGUUCACUGAUUGAUGGCACCUCAGAAAGGAGAGAAGAAGAAGAAAAAAAAGAAAGUGUCCAACACAGACACGCUGCAGGAGCAGAGGAAAAACAAAAAGGAGAUGGAGUUUGAGCUGAAACUCGCCAAAGAGAAAGAAGAGAUGUACGAGCGGGAGAAGCAACUUAAAAUCAAUCGUCUGGUUCAGGAGGUUUCAGAGACGGAGAGGGAGGACCUAGAGGAGUCUGAGAAGGUGCAACACUGGGUGGAGCGUCUGUGUCAGACUCGGUUGGAGCAGAUCUCGUGUGUAGAGACUGAAACUCCAGAGCUCUCCCCGCCGCGCUCUCCUGCCUCUGAGCCCAAAGUGAAGCGUUUUCCCGGCGGGCUCCACCUGGCCACCACAGACCUGGAUGACAUAAACCUGGACGAGGUGGAUCCGAGCCUGAGAGGGCCCCUGAAGAAACUGUCCCCCACUCAGCCCUCCACCAACCUACCCCCUCCUCCCUUGCCUCCUCCUCCACCCUCGCCCAGACUGAACCCAACCAUCUCCAGCUACUCCCCGCCUCCGUCUCGAGCUUCCCCGCAGCGACGCCCUUCUUCCCCGCCCGUUUCCAGGAAACCUCCCCCCGCCUCCUCCACUCUGACAAACAAAGGGCGCAGGCGUAACCCACAAGCUCCCCGCUCGUCUUCAUCCCAGUACGCUGGACCCUCUCGGUCCUCACGGCCACCGUCCUCCCCUCAGCCCGCGCCGCACCCCCCUCCUCCACCACCGCCUCCUCCACCACCGCCGCCGCCUCCUCCUCCGCCCCCUCCCCCGCAGCACUCUGAGGAACGCGUAGGCUCCCUCGGCGGUUACCGCCAGCAUCAUCAUCACCUGCAGCGUCCUCCCAGUCCUCCCGACCCCAGCAGGAGCGAGUGGGAAGCGGGCGGGUAUCUCCCCAGAGGGGGGAUUUAUUCCUCCAACACCAGUGAAAUGUCGUACCCCCCAAGUCCAAAGGUAAUGAGAAAUACUUCCCAUGCCAGUCGUGUUUCCAACACAAGCAGUCAGCUGCAACUGGCUCCCAGUCCUCCCAACCAGAGACGUCAGAUGGCCCCUGUCAUGUCAAAACCCGUCAUGCUGCCCCAGACRCAGGCCGCCCGACCAGAUCCACACAGACCUGCUGUCCGCUCUGAUGGCCUGCCUCCAGAGAUGCUAAAACGGAUGGUCCCUUUCAACUCAUCCUUUAAAUCAAGCAAACAACAAGUAAACCAUGCUGUUCUCGGUCUCUCUUUUUUAUUUCUGAGUGCUGUUUUACUCCUUCGUUGUUUUACCCCCCGYGCUCCCACAUCAGGUUUAACGUGGCUCACUGUAACCUCAGCGAUGCUUUCCCCUCGUUUUAAUGUUUUUUUUCUCUCUUUGCUGCAUCGCUGCCUUUUGAUUGAGCCCUUCGUGCAUGACUGCUUUUCCAUCGAUUUGCAGCUGACAGUCGUGACAGCGGACACGAUGUUCAGUGUUGGAAUGCACGCCUCACUGUUGGUGGUGUCAGUGCAGGGAGUCAGUUUCAGGUUUUACUGUUAAAAAAUGGUUUCAGCAUCACUUGUGUGGCAUUGUGAGAGAACAGGAAGGCUGAUUUCUUUGUUUGAUCUCAGGUUUUAUUCGAUUCUUCUGCUAUUUUAAUCCCUGUAUUAGAUUUUUACUGAGGGAACUGAUGGCAGCAAAKAAAAACAUUACAAAGGUUGUCAUUUUUUAUGUUUUAAUUACAGUGUCUGCGUAGAACGUAUGAAGAAACAGCAAGAUAAAUGCUUGUUUAUUCUUUAUUGAGAAAAAUGAUUCUGAACUUUGUUCCGGUUCCUUCCUCCUGCCAUGAAAUUAAAUAACYGAGCUCUUAAGAUGAAUUAGUGAAUUACUUGUUACUGGAUUUAUUUUUGGAGGCUUAAUUGCUUUUGGAUUAAGGAUUGUGAGGAUACAAGGCAUGUUUGUUGUCAAAGGAAAUCUGACCUCUAUUUUCACUGCUCGUGUUCACUUCACGUUCCUGUUCCUUCACUUUGUUUUUAACCCGUUUGAAUAAACUUUACGUUGGU